AGCUUUGCACACGGAAUGGCUCGUUACAGGGAGAUUCCCGGCAAAAAGGUUUCCUCCCUCAAUUUGGUGACAGGAUUUUUUCAGUAUCUGCGAGAUGAACAAGAAGCAGUUCAGAAAAGGACUUUUACAAAAUGGAUUAAUUCCCAUUUGGCCAAGCGCAAGCCUCCUAUGGUGGUGAAUGACCUGUUUGAGGACAUUAAAGAUGGAGUGAUGCUGCUUGCCUUGCUUGAGGUUCUAUCUGGACAGAAAUUGCCAUGUGAGCAAGGCCGGCAGCUGAAACGAAUCCACUGGGUCUCCAACAUUGGUACUGCCCUGAAAUUUCUGGAGGGAAGACGGAUCAAAUUAGUCAACAUUAAUGCAACUGACAUUGUUGAUGGACGGCCUUCCAUUGUACUUGGCUUGAUUUGGACCAUAAUUCUGUAUUUCCAGAUUGAGGAGUUGACAAGUAAUCUACCUUUACUUCAGUCAUUAUCCAGCAGUACUUCAUCUGUGGACAGCUUGGCUAGCUCAGAGACAGCUAGCCCUCCAAUGAAAAGAAAAGUUCUCACAAAAUUCCAAGGAAAUGCUAAAAAGGCUCUGUUAAAAUGGGUGCAGUACACCGCAGCAAAGCGCCUCGGAAUCGAGGUGAAAGACUUUGGGCCCAGCUGGAGGAGCGGAGUUGCCUUUCAUGCUGUGAUUUAUGCAAUUCGUCCUGAUUUGGUAGAUAUGGAUAAAGUAAGGAGGCGUUCAAAUAGAGAAAACUUGGAAGAGGCCUUUUCCAUUGCAGAAACUGAGCUAGGAAUCCCCCGACUGCUUGAUCCAGAAGAUGUGGAUGUUGAAAAACCGGAUGAAAAGUCCAUCAUGACAUAUGUGGCCCAAUUCCUUAAACAUUAUCCGGACCCACACAACACAGAGACAGAUGGCCAUGACGAAGAGGGGAUACUUUGCUCCAUCCCUACUUUUGCAAUUUCUCUCCCUAAGAUGCAGAGAGAGCGAAGACGUCUCCUGCGAGAAAUGAAGGCUUGGCUGGAGCAAUAUGAAAGGGAUCUCUGCAGAGCUCAAGCAUCUGAGGGGAGCCUGCAGGAAAAAUACCAGCAAUUUAAAGGUUUUCGAGUACAGUAUGAAAUGAAAAAAAAGCAGAUUGAGUCCUUAAUACAGCCUGUACAAAAAGAUGGGAAGUUGUCAGUUGAUCAAGCAGUUGUCAAGCAGGCGCUGGAGAAAGUAUAUUCCGUGUUGCUGGAAUGGCAUAUUCAGCUUGAUAAUUCGCUGCCUGGUGUUUUGGGAACAAUUGGUGCCUGGCUACAUCAGGCUGAAAUGGCCUUAAGGGAAGAAAUAUCUGUGCAGCAGGCCCAUGAAGAAACCGCAAAUAAUAUCCACAGAAAACUGGAACAGUACAAGGAGGUACUAAAAUGUCUUGAAGGCCAAAGACAGGUAUUUCAGCAGAUCCACAAGACAGGAAGUAUGAAUGGAGUACCAGUCCCAAAAGAACAAUUGGAUGAUAUGGCUGAAAGAUUCAAUUUUGUUUCAACAACAUCCCAAAUCCAUAUAAUUAAACUGGAAUAUUUGGAGCUAAAAUAUAGGCUGUUGGCUUUUCUGAUGGUGGCAGAAUCCAAGCUGAAGUCAUGGAUCAUCAAGUAUGGUAGAAGAGAAUCAGUAGAACUUUUGCUUCAGAAUUAUACUGCAUUCAUUGAAGGAAAUAAAUUCUUUGAACAGUAUGAGGAUACAUAUCAGACAAUGAAACAGAAAGCUGAUGUCUAUGUGAAAUAUGACAGAUCAGCUGAAGAAAUUGAAGGGGUGAGCAAAUUUCUAUAUGAUACUGCUGCACAAUGGAAGAAUUUGUCAUUGGAGGUUCGGAGUGUGCGUAGCAUGUUGGAGGAGGUGAUUUCCAAUUGGGACAAGUACAGCAGUACUGUUGCCAAUUUACAAGCAUGGCUUGAGGAUGCAGAAAAAAUGUUGAACCAACCAGAGAAUGCCAAACGGGAAUUCUUCAGAAAUUUGCCUCAUUGGAUUCAACAACACACAGCGAUGAAUGAUGCUGGAAAUUUUCUUAUUGAAACUUGUGAUGAAACUGUGUCACGAGACUUGAAACAGCAGUUGCUUUUACUUAAUGGAAGAUGGAGAGAGCUAUUUGUGAAAGUUAAGCAUUAUGCACGGGCUGAUGAAGUUGACAAAAUAAGGAAGCAACUGCAAGAUGGAGUUGCUGCUUUAAAAGAAUUUGUCGAUAAGGCAAAUGAAAAAAUGACCUCUCCUUUGGAAGUAUCUUUUCUAAAUGUACGGACCUUUACACAAGAUGCUGAGGAUAUUAAACAGAAACUUCCCAUAAUGGAAGCUCAGUUUAAAAAUGUCACUAGAAAUGCUCAGAUACUUACAAAAGAUACACCUGAAGAGGAGAUCACCCUCAUGCAAUCAACCAUGACAGGAAUUAAGGAUCAGCUGAGCAAGCUAAGGGAAAGAUACUUGCCAUUGCUGCGUGAAUCUCAGUCACUUCUUUCUCCUCUGGAGGAAAUGGAGAAGCAGAUAACAAUUUUUUACCAGUCUCUAGAGAAGGCUAGUUGCAUCACUGCAGGCAGAGAUGGUGAAAUUCAGGCCCCUGGAGACUUCAAACAGAAAUGUCAGGACUUGAUUAAUUGUCAGGAGGACUGUAAAAAAUGUAUGACAGUUAUUGACAGAUGCAACCAGACUGUGCAACGCAUUGUUACAAGCAGUAAGACACUGCAACACUUUGACCGUUCCCUACUGCAGAAAAGGAUGGCCGAUCUGCAGAGUUCAUUAAAGACUAUGGCAGUAGAAGCCACAGAAUGGAGAAAAACUAUUGAAGCUAACAGCAGUCUAAUGAAAAGAUUUGAAGAAUCUAGAAUAGAAUUGGAAAAAGUGUUGAACAUUGCACAAGCAUCUUUAAAGGAAAAGGGAAACCCUGAGGAGCUUCUCAAAAAACAUACUGAGUUUUUUGGCCACUUGGAUCAGAGAGUUCUGAAUGCAUUUCUUAAAGCUUGUGAUGAGAUGACCGACAUUCUUCCUGAAAAUGAACAACAAAGUCUGCAAGAAACAGUUAGAAAGCUGCACAAGCAGUGGAAGGAUCUUCAAACUGAAGCACCUUAUCAUUUACUGCAUUUGAAGAUUGAGCUGGAGGCCAACCGUCUUAAAACUAGUCUGGAGGACUGCAAGUUAGAGUUGUCUCGAGAAAACAAGUUACUCCCUACUGUUGGGAGUGAGCAGCUUAUAAAGGAGCAUAAGGCCUUCUUUGGAGAGAAAGGGCCACAGCACUUGUGUGAAAAAAGACUCAGUUUAAUGGAAGAACUUUGUAAAAAACUUCCUGAAAAAGACCCUGCCUACAAAAAUAUAGAGCUCAGCAGGAAAGCUUUAACAGAUAUCACAGCACAGAUUGAAAAGACCUACCAGAAACUAAUGCAGCAUCCAGAUAAAUGGAAGGAGUUUAACACCAGGUUUUCUGAGUUAUCUGCCUGGCUGUCUUCGAAAGAAAGUCAGUUACGGCUGUUAAGGAACAGAGCAAAUGAUCCAGGCAAAUAUGGACAAGUCAGCACAACUAUUGAGGGACUACGAGGAGAUGUGGAACAGCAGGAGAUUAACCUAAACUGGCUGAAAUCAAGGCUUUCAAUGCUGAUAGAAGUUUCCUCUGAGAGUGAAGAGAAAAGACAAGAUGGCGCUCUAAAGAAAUUGUCAAAUGACUUUAAGGAAUUUCUUUCUGCACUUAGUGAGACUGAGAAGAAGGUCUCAGCUAUAGGUCAGUGUGUUCAUCUUCAGGGAGAGGUAAAAGGCAUUCUGGAAGAACUUGUUCAAGGACAAAAAGAAGCCGAGGCUGAGUCUGUCAGGAUUCUUGAUUCAGAAAGUGUUCAAGAGGCUCAGCAGCUUCUUAUUAUUCACCAGCAAAACUUAAAAAGACUGAGAUCAAAACGGAGGGAUGUCCAACAGCAAGCAACACGAAAUCAGCAACUUUGUGUUGAUGAAGGAGUCGCCACUUCUCUGCAACCAGAUCUUCAAGAGUUGGAAAGUACUUUAAGUAAAAUGGAACAAAAGAUGGAAACUCAAGAGAAGGAGCUACAGGUUGCAGUGACCGAUUGGCAUCACUUUGAAACAGAUAAAGAAAAAAUGGUUCAGUUCCUAACAAAAGCAAACACCAGUUUAGUAAAAGACCUAAUAUUCAAUAGCCUGGAAAGCCUCAAUGCAGAUCUGGAGGAAUCUAAGAAUCUUCUGGAAGUUAGUGAAGGCCAAGCAACUCAUGUGGAUGUUCUUGUCAAGAAAUCUAAAGAAAUUAAACUUGGGCCAAAAAAUACAGUUCUUUUACAACAACAGGCAACUUCUGUUCAAGAUCAAGUUAACGCAUUGGAAAAACAUUUACAUAAGGACAUUAAACAAAUGGAAAAGAUUAAAAAAGAGUGGGAAGAGUUUGGUCAGGAGUAUGAAGAUCUUUCGCUGUGGAUUGCUGCAAAGGAAAAAGACUUAGAGCAAAAUAUUUCUGCUGUGCCACUUGAUGAACAGAUUGGCAAAGUUCAGGACAUCAGUAAAGAACUUGAGGCCAAGGCUAAAGUAAUCCCGUCUUUGGAAGAUCAGUCUGUGUCCCUGGGGCAGUUUGUAUCCUCUGGAGAAGCUGCACGCAUAAAAGCCAGAUUGACACAAAUUGGCAGACACUGGGAAGAGUUGAAAGAGCAAGUGCAACAUCUGAAUGGAGUUUUACAAGAAAAUUCCUCACACUUACAGAAAUUUCAAGGCAGCCUUAUAGAGGCUGAAAAGACUUUGGAAAAUUUAGAAGAUAAAUUAUUUUCCUCAGUUACGUCUUGUUCUUCUGCCACAGAAACACACAAAGAGCUUCAGAAGCAUGGGGACCUCACACUCUCCUUAGAGCAACUGAGGACCACAAUCACAUCGCUACUGGCAGGAGCUCGUAAAGUCACCGAUAAAGACAAAGCUGAGCAGAAUGUCAUUUCCUUGCAGCAACGCUAUGAGAAAGAUAUGCAGCAAGCAAAAGAAAAACAAGCUAAACUGGAAAACCUGCUUGCAAUGUGGCAACGAUUUGAAAAAGAAUGGAGUACCUUUGAGUCCUGGCUCGAGAGAUGUGAAGCAGUAAUUGGCACACAGGCACAUCUUAUGUCUAUUGAUCAAGCAAAGCUUCAAAGCGAUCUUGACACUUUAAAGGAUUUACAACAUGAAGUGACAUCCCAUGAGUCAGCAUAUAAGACACUUUCAAAUCUUGCAGCUUCCCUUUACCCCACAGCCAUGGAAAACAUAGUGAAAGAGAUAAAACGCAACAUGAAGCACACUGAAGAGAGACUGUAUACCCUGGCUAAUACUAUACCAGAUAGAAUCCAGCAAGUUCAGUCUCACAUUACAAAAAUCCAGGAAUACGAUGAUAGCCUUCUUCAGCUGUCAAACUGGAUUGAACAAUUCCUGAACAGUCUCCAGUCCACUUGUGAAGUUAACAUAACAGAUCUCCAGCCAGCAUAUAAUGAAAUUAAAAACAAUUUGGCUGAACUUGAGAAACAGAAUGCAAAGAAAGAAAGCCUACAGGCACAAGUUGAUAGCCUAUGCUCUGUCUGCAGUCCUGAAGAUCAAGAUGUCUUACAGAGCAGGAAAGAGGAUUAUUUUCAGCUCUUCCGUGAAGCAGAUCAGACAUUGGAAAGGAGAAAUGAAGUACUGAAACAACUAGAAAUAUUUGUACAAACACAUAAGAGAGCAUCUGGUAUAUUACAUCAUUUAAGGAAGAUUGUUGAGUCUGCAAGCAAUUGGGAUAAAAGUAAAAGUGAAUCCCUACAGCAAGAAUUAAAAGAUACAGUUCCCCAAGUCAGCAGUUUGGAAUUAUUGGCAGUCAGUGUGGAUGGGAGUCUUAGCAAGGCUCUUUAUCACAUUAAAGAAGGUGAUUCUGAGCAGAGGACCACUUGCAGAGCUUUAGCUGAUCAACUUGGCACAGAACUGGAACUAGUUCAGAAUAUUCUGGGUACAAAACAAAGUGAAGCUGAAGCCCUUACAACUUUGUGGGCUUCUUUUAAAGAACGCAAGGAGCAGCUGCUGAAAAGUGUUGAGGACAUUGAAGAGAAGGCAGAUAAUGAAGGUCUAAGAGAACCUACACUUCUUGCCCUACAACAAAGACUAAGAGUAUUCAACCAUUUAGAGGAUGAAUUAAAUUCCCAUCAGCAUGAGAUGCAGUGGUUAAUAGAUAAAGCCAAGCAGCUAAUGCAGAAAGGCACUGAUUUAGUGUCCGAGUGCAAAAAGGAGAUCGACCAAGUAGAGAAGUCCUGGGAAGACACUAAAUCUCUCAUCAUGGAAAAUCAAGAACAGUGCAGUGCAUUAAUAGAUCUCAUACGAGAGUUCCAGAAUAGAAAAUCAACAAUUAAUAAAAUAAUAGAAAGUGCUGAAAAUGUGGCUGAAAUUAAGUCUGUCUUGAAGGAUCAAGAGGACAUUAGGAGAACAUUAUCACGGCAUGAAGCCAUAAAAAAUGAGAUGAGUGCAAAGCAGGAUGAGUUGGAUGCUUUUAAUAACAAAGGAAAACAGGUCCUUAAUGAGCUGAAGAAGAUUCCUAUGUGUGAUUCUACGGCUGUGAGAAAAGAUAUGGAUGCCAUUGUAGAUCAGUGGCUUGAUGUUAUGGACAGAAUUGAUGAAAAUAUUGAAAGGGUCAGCGUUUGCCUAUCACUUUGGGAAGAUGUGCUCAACAUUACUGAUGAAAUUGAUGGGUGGUCCAACAGUUCAGUUUCAGAUCUGAGUGAAAAUCUGAGCAAUCUUAACAACAGCCAACGAAUGGAGGAACGUCUUGUUCAGUUUCAGUUAGAAAUAAAUAAUAAAGAAGAAAAGUGUAAAGCACUGAACUUGAAGACAACAGAAUUGAAGCAAUUAACUAAGAGCCAGGAGCCUCCAACAGAGCUGCAGGUCUUGGAAUGUGAUGUUAGAAAAAAGAUCCUCCAUGCCCGGGGAGUGUCAGAUACAGCCCGAGAAACUCUUAGACAGUUUAGCACCCAGAAGCAGCAGUUGGAGAACUUCAUAGCUCAAAUGACAGAGUGGUUGAGCAGUGUGGAGCAGUCUCUACUAGCCUUUCCUCACAGCAUCAUUCCUGAGGAUCUGCAAAAAGUAAAGGAUGUACAGAAGGAUCUUCAGAAGCAACAAGGCAGCAUUGACAUGACACGGGAGAAUCUCAACAGUCUCUGCAGGAAAUAUCACUCUAAUGAGCUUGAAAUGUUGGGUGGUGCCAUCACUGAAUUAAUUAAGAAAUAUGAGGUUGUAAACCAGCUGUCUUCCAAAACAUUAUGUGCCCUCCAGGAUAAUCUUGAGCAGCACUUCAGUGAUUUAGUCCAGAAGUUUAAUAGCUGGCUCUCCGAGCGUAAAGACAUGGUACUAGAAUGCUCUGAUUGCUCUGGUGAUAUGAACAUAAUUGAAGAAAAACUCCAGAAACUCAAGGAUGUUCUGAAUUCUAUGGAGGAGGGAGAAAAGAGGCUUGCAUUGGUGUGUGAAGAAGGAGAGAAACUAUUACUCUUUUUACCAAAACCUAGUGCCAUCCACAUCCAGCAGCAGUUGUGUGUGAGCCAACAGGAAUGGGAUAACUUUGUAGAAGAGUGUAAAGAAAACCAGCAGGCUCUAGAAGAAAGUACAGCGCAGCUUACUGGGUUUGAUAGUCAACUGAAAAAACUGAACUAUUGGAUUCAGCAAAUGGAGGAUCAGCUAAAUUCUGAUCUCCUAGGUGAGAGAAAGCCAAAUAUUUCUGAAAAGAAGUCUGAGCUGGAGAAGAUGGAAAACUUUCAUGAGCAGCUGCUUGUCAAAAGAGAGUCCUUUGAUCAGCUGUGCCAGCAGUCACAAAGCCUGAGUGAUCAAGGCCUUGGUGAUGGUAGAGAAAUGCGUGCCACAUCUCAGCUGCAAUUAAGUUAUCAGGGUCUUCUGAAAGGAGCAAAAGAGAGAGUGCGAAUCUGUCAAGUUGCAUUACAGGAGCACACUGUGUUUGAGGAGACACUGCAAAGCACAUGGGCCUGGCUUAAGGAAGUGAAAGGAAGACUGACUGUUAUAGACAACACUAUUGGAUCUAAAGACCUGUUAGAAAAGAGGCUGAUUCAAGUGCAGGAAAUCCUGUUAAUGAAGGGUGAAGGAGAAGUCAAAUUAAAUAUGGCAAUUGGUAAAGGAGAGCAGUCAAUGAAGAGCAGCAGUGAGGAAGGUCAGAGAGCUAUUCGUUCAAAGCUUCAGGAGCUAAAAGAUGUUUGGGCCAGCGUCAUCAUGGCCUCAAUGAGCUGCCACAGCUGUUUAGAUUGGACUGUCACUCAAUGGACCAGUUUCUUGGAGGAGAAAAACCAGCUGCAACAAUGGAUGGAUUCAGUGGAGCAGGAAUUGAGUGUACCAUUGCAACAGCAACUUGGGAUGAAGGAGAAAAUCUCUCAAAUGGAGCGGUACCGAGCUAUCCUAUCAGAUGUGGAGAACCAUGCCGCUGUACUCAGUCGUUUAGAGGACAAGGCGUCUGAAAUGCUGGACAAAACAGGAGAUACUUCUUUUGAGAGAAAUGAACAGAUAGAACUGAGGUCACAGUUUCAUGACAUCAACACUGUAGUCAAAAAUAAGUUAAAGAACCUGGAAGAAGUAGUAGAAGAGCAUAAGAUGUACCAUGAAGCCAUCCGUGAGUUUGUUGACUGGCUUCACUCGGCAAAGGAGGAGCUCCAGCGCUGGUCAGAUAUGUCUGGGGAUUCUACGUGUAUGCAACGCAAAUUGACAAAAAUCAGGGAAUUGAUUGACUCCAGACAGAAUGGCAAAGAACGUCUAAACAGAGUGCAGCAGUCGGCCUUAAAUGUGAAGAAAAAUACCGCGCCAAGUAGCUGUGAGCUGAUCGACAGGGAGACGGUUGCCCUGCUUUCAGACUGGCAGCAGUGGGAGAACAACACCCUGCAGACUCAGGGCAGUCUGGAAAGCGUGCUCAGUCAAAUGGCCAGUUCUGAGCAGGAGUUUAUUACCCAGGCCAACCAGCUGGAUCGCAGUCUGCAACAGUUUAGCUGCAGCCUGAAAGAGUGGGAUCAGAAGCUCAGCCAAGUGUCCGAGCGAAACAGCAAUGAAGAGGUUUUGCAGGGCUGGAGGAUUACAAAGGAUACAUUUGAAAGUCUAGUAAAGGCUGAACCCAUAUCAGAUAGCUUGAAGACUCAGUUGAAUGACCUUUGCCGUUUCUCCAGAGACCUCAGCUCACAUUCGGAGAGGGUGUCUUCAUUAAUCAAAGAAUACAACAGCCUUUGUCUGCGGGCAUCCAAGGAGUGUCAGAAUAAAGAGAAAUUUCUGGAACAGAGAUUUCGCCUCUCCUUCAGAGAGUUCCAACAGUGGCUUGUCAGUGCUAAGAUAGCUACUGCCAAGUGUUUUGACAUUCCUCAGAACAUCGGUGAGGUCACUUCCAGCCUACUAAAAAUUCAGGAGUUCUUAGCUGAAAGAGAGCUUGGUCAAUGUAAGAUGAAUGCUGUUGUCUUUAAUGGGGAGAUGAUCUGUAGCAUUUUACCCACGGAAAAAGUGGAAACUAUUCAGGUUAAAGUGACCAGUGCCCGUGAGGACUGGAAAAAUCUGUUAUCAAAUCUGCAUCAGAGGGAGGCUGCUUUACAGAAUUUACAGUCACAAAUGAAGGAUUUUGAAGCAAGUGCAGAACCAUUUCAGUUGUGGCUUAACAGCACUGAGACGGCCAUACAGGAAAGCAGUGCUCGUCUUCACAACCUCUCUGCUAAGAGGCAGGAGCAGGGCAAACUACAGUCAGUCCUUGAGGAAAUAGCCUGUCAGGAGUUUCAGCUCAACAGGCUCAAGGAAAAAGCUCAACAACUGUGGGAAGGACAAGCUGCCGGCAAAGGCUUUGUGCAUCGAGUUUCUCAGUUGUCUGCACAGUAUCUAGCUUUAAGCAACCUGACUAAGGAAAAGGCUUCCCGGAUUGACAGAAUAGUUAUGGAGCACCAGCUUUUCUCUCAGGGUCUCAAGGAACUUCAGGACUGGGUUGCUGAUGCCAAUCAAAUGCUGCAGUCGUACUGUAGCCCUACAGCUGACAAAAAUGUUCUUGACAGCAGAAUGUUGAAACUUGAGGCACUUCUUGCAGCUAGACAAGAGAAAGAGAUUCAGUUAAAGAUGUUAUUAACACGGGGAGAGUCAGUACAACGAAACACGUCCGCUGAAGGAGUUCCUGUUGUUCGAAAACAAAUUCAAGAUCUUAAAGAUUCUUGGGACUCUCUUCUUUCAGCUUGUAUACAGUGCAAAAGUCAGCUGGAAGCUUCCCUCUCCCAAUGGACAAGUUAUCAAGAUGAUGUUCGUCAGUUUGUCAGCUGGAUGGACAAAGUGGAAGAGAAUCUGAACAGCUCAGAAAAGCAGUAUCCAGAAAUGAGAGAUAAAACGACGAAUUUAGGGAAAGCCAAGUUGCUUCAUGAGGAAGUAUUAAGCCACAAAAGUCUGUUGGAGACCAUUACUGUGAAAGGCUCUGGUAUGGCAGAACAUUAUGUGACCCAGCUGGAGAUCCAAGAGCUUCAAGAGCGCUAUUCCAGUCUCAAGGAAAAGGCGAAGACAUCAGUAACAAAAGCUGAAGAGCUAGUCUUGGCUCACCAGGAAUACCAAAGAGGUCUUCGAAUGUUUGAGGACUGGCUAGAACAAGAACAAGAGAAACUGAGCUGCUUUUCACAUGCUGAAGGGGAUGUGGAGACUUUAGAAAAUACACUGAGAGAGCUGCAGGACCUCCAGAUACAAUGUACAGAGGGACAGGCCCUUUUAAACAUUGCUCUUGCUAAUCGAGAAAAGGUUAUUCCACGGGGCAUUCCACAGAUAGAAGAUCGAGCACUGGAGACUGUAGAGCAAGAAUGGGAUAUGUACCAGGCAAGACUCGCAGAGAGUAGAGCACAUCUUAACACAACUCUUACGAGACUCCGACAAAUGGAACAGAAGUUUCAACAUCUUGAUGAAUGGCUUAGAAACAUUGAGACUAAAGCUACUAUUCGGACUGGACGACGUUCUGAUAGGGCCACAAAGGAGGCUCAGCUGCAAAUACUAAAGGGCUGGUAUGAAGAAACACUCAUGUACAAAGAGGAGGUGGAAGGUGCAAGUGCCUUGGCACAACAAGUUCUAGAAGAGACCCACAUUAGCAGCAGAAUCAGCAAUCGGGCAACACAACUCACUUCCAGAUAUCAGACUGUGUUGCUCCAUUUGAUGGAAACAAUAAAGCAGCUUGAGGAAGAAAUUCGAAGUAUUGAGGAAGCUCAAAUAGCCUUCAGUUCCUAUACAGACUGGCUUGGGGAAGCACAGAAAAAUUUUAAGAAUGUGGCUGUCAGUAUUGAUGUUGUUGAUCUUAUUGCAAUGGAAAACAAAAUGAAAAAAUUGGAGUCUUUACAGAGUGAUAUGGAAGUGGGGCAUGGAUUCUUGAAAGCUACACGAGAGAAGGCAGAAAAUGCCAUGACCUACUUAGAGCAAGCAGAGGCUGAUGAACUGCGUCAAGAAGUGGAUGCUCAUCUUGGUCAGCUAGAUGAGUUAAUGGGAGGUAUUCGGACUGAGUCUAGCAUGUUGGAGAAGUGCAUGCACCUUUCCAAAGAGUUUUUGGACAGGUACAAGAUACAGGCUCAGUGGCUACUGGAAACUCGGACAAUGCUUAACUCCCCUAUGGAGCCCAAGGCUGAACUUUAUGAAAAGAAGGCUCAGCUAGCUAAAUAUAAGGGAAUUCAACAGACUGUCCUGUCCCAUGAAUCAUCUGUGAAGUCUGUAAUUGAGAAGGGAGAGGCCUUGCUUGACACUGUGCGUGAUGCCACAGUUAGUGAAAACAUGAAAAAACUUCAGGAAGAGUAUCAAGAUCUUUGCAACAUUGUCAGAAACCAUGUACAGAAUCUUGUUACCAGAGUGGCUGAACAUGAACUAUACAACAGUGACCUGCAGGACAUAGAGAAGUGGUUGCUUCAAAUGUCUAGCAGGUUGGUUGCUUCAGAUUCAAUGCAAAGCAACAGCCUGGAAAUGGCUACACAGCAUCUAGCAAGACACAAAGCUAUUAUGGAAGAGAUUGCCAGCUUUGAAGACAGAUUAAUAAAACUUAAGGACAAAGGUGACUACAUUAUUGGCAGCUGUGCUGAUCAUCUCCAAGGAAAAAUUAAACAGCAGAUUCAAGCCCACCAGCAAGGAACAAGAGACAGCUACUCUGCCAUCUGUAGCACUGCUCAGCGUAUAUACCAGGGACUCGACAAGGAACUUCAGAAACAUGUUAGCCAUCAGGAUACAUUACAACAGUGCCAAAUUUGGCUAUCUACAGUACGUCAGGAGCUUCUGCUCCACACUCAAGCACCAUUUUGCCUUCAAGAUGCAUGGAAACAGGUGAAACAUUACCGAGCACUGCAAGAACAAGCCAGUACUUACCUGGACCUGGUUUGCUCGAUGUGUGACCUGUCAGAUGAAGAUGUGAGAAGGACAGCAGCAGACAUUCAGCAGAUUAAACAAAUGGUUGAUGAAAGAAUGGCUAGAGCUCAGGAACUUGCAAAAGGCUGGCAAGAUAUUAAGCAACAGAAAGCUGAACUCACCAGCCACUUUCAAGAUGUGGAACAGCAACUUCAGAGUCUGAGUAGGAGACCGGCAGAACUGGAGUUAAAAAUUGCACACAAUAUGCUUCUCCAGGUUCAGGAGUUCAGCCAGAAUCUACAGUCCAAGCAAGCAAUUAUCACCCAGAUGACGGAAAGUGUGAAUAGGCUGGCUAAUGGACAGGAGUCUUCAGAGCACAGGGAGAUAAAUCAACUGAGCAACUGGUGGCUGGAGCUAUGCAAUCAAGUCAAUAAGUUGCUCUCACAAAGAGAGUGUGAUCUCCAGAGAUCCAGGGACUACCAUGACCGCAUUAGUGCAGUAGAAGCCCUUUUUGACAGUGUGUCCAAAGAGUGGGAUAAUUUAAUCAGAACUGAUGCUGAAAGUACUGAGGAGCAUCUAGAAGCUUUGCAAAAGCUUGCAGCAACUCUUCAAGACCAAAGAUAUACCCUUGAAGAUUUGAAGGAUCAUAAGCAAAAAGUGAUAGACCGAUUGAAUUUAGACGAAAAGGAACUGGUGAAAGAACAGACUGGCCACUUUGAACAGCGCUGGAUGCAUUUAGAAAGUCUUAUUGAGAAAAAAAUCCAAGACUCUGUAACUACACUGGAGGAGAUGAGUCAGGUAAUAGCAAGGUUGAAGGAUGCUCGGGAAUGGGCAGAGGAGCAACAGCCAGCAUUAAGUGAAGCUAUGAAGCUAAGUCCUCCUCCUGAACUGGCUCAGAGUUUUUUGUUUGAUCACCUAAGUAUCUGCAGUGAGCUGGAAUCAAAGCAAAUGCUGCUAGCUACAGCAGUAACCGAUGCAGACAGAGUUAUGACUCACCUCGGCCUAAAUGAAAGACAGCAACUGCAGAAGCUGAUGACUCAAGUGCAGAGUGAAAUAGAUAGUCUAAAAGAAAUGGUCAAUCAAAGAAGGAAGUAUCUAAGCAAAGCCUUCUCAGAAAAGACGCAGUUCCUUCUGGCUACACACCAGGCUAUUAAUUGGAUUCAGCAAAAUGAAAGGAAAGCCAUUUCAGAGGAGCACAUUGCCCUCUUGCCUGAAGACCUGACCAAGCAAAUUAAGACUUGCAGAAGUAUUCAGAGCAGUUUGAAGGCUUAUCAGGGUGAGCUUACAUCACUCUGGUCACAGGGUAGAGGAUUAAUGAAAGAUGCAACAGAAGAUGAAAAAGAAGAAGUACUGAGUAAACUCCAGGAGUUGCAGAAUGUUUAUGAAACUGCUUUACAGAGGUGUACACAGAGACUGCAGGAGCUUGAAAAAGUGCUGGUUUCAAGAAAAUAUUUUAAAGUGGAUUUGGACAAAACAAGUCAAUGGCUUAAGCAAGUGGAUAUUGUCACCUUCCCAGAAAUUAACCUUAUGAAUGGAGACCCAGAGCUCCAAUCUCAGCUUUCCAAAUACCAGCACGUAUUAGAUCAGGCAACAGAAUAUGAGAACCUUCUUCUUAUUGUUCAGAGAACUGGUCAGGAGAUUCUGCCAUCACUCAAUGAAGUUGAUCAUGCAUAUUUAGAUGAAAAGCUAAAUGCCCUCCCUCAACAAUUUAACCAUGUCUUGGCCUUAGCUAAGGAAAAAAGGGAGAAAAUUCAGCAAGUUAUUCUUGACCGUAAAGAGUAUUCAUCCUUCAUUGAAGUUACAAGGAAAGCUUUACAGGAACUAGAAGAGCAGAGCAAUAAUAUGAGCAAAAGUCCUCUUGGUCUUGAAUCUGCUGCUCUCCUAAACCUAAAAGAUGAUUACCAAGCUCUUCUCAAUGAGAUUUGUGGCCUAGGAUCAGCUAUUAGUGAACUCAAUCAAAAGAAAGAGACUUUCCGAAGCACUGGACAGCCCUGGUUACCAGAAGAGAUGGUUCAACUUGUGAGUCUUUACAGUGGCCUGAAGAGGCAAAUUGAGCAGAAACUCAGUGAUUUAGAUGACACAUUAGAAUCCUUCAGAGAACACGAAUUCAUGACUCAACAACUUAAAAACAAGUUGAAAGUUAUAAAAGAAGAAAUGGGUAAAGUAAAUGAGGAAACUCUUCCCGCUGAGGAUAAGCUCAAAAAUUAUCAUACAUUGGCAGGCAAUGCUCAGGAUGCCAGCUCUGUACUAAAAUGUAUUGUUGAGCAAUUGGAACACCUGUCUCCUCAUGUUGACUCUGAAUCAUACCAGUCCUGUAGCAGACAGAUUAUUGCAUGGCAGGAAGAACUUAAGGUGUUACAUACCAAAGUAGCAGAAAGAAUGGAGGAAAGUGAAAGCAGGUUUGUGCAAAGUAAAGACUUUCAGACCGAGAUUUGUCGUAGCCUGGAAUGGCUGCAGCAAAUUAGAAAUGAUCAGACUAGUUUACAAGGCUUCGAUAUUAAAAUUCAAAGCAUCCAAGAGGAGAUUCGAAAGCAGCAGAUUCUGCAAGAGGAGGUGCAGUCAAGGCUUCGCAUAAUGGCAGCCUUAAGCAAUAAAGAAAAGCAGAAGUAUACUGAUGCCAAAGAGCUUGUUCCUGCUGUCUUAGAGGCCACACUACAAGAGUUAGCCAACUUAGAAACCGAGGUCCGGAAUAUUUUGAGCACUAAACAGACCAAACUGCAGCAAGUCCUUGACUUGUUCCAGAAGUACCACUCAGCAACUCAGUCUGCUAAUAACUGGCUCGAAGAGGCAAGUGCUUUGCUGCAGGAAUCAACUCAGGGGCUGGAUGUGGAACUGUCAGAAGAUCUUCUUCAUCAUCUUACUGAGGUCACUACUUCAGAAGCUCAGUUCCACAAUCAUUUGCAAGUGCUGGAGACUUUGAUUUCUCAACUUAGGCCGUUUUUGAGUGAGGGUGUAAAUGAUCAGGUGACACAAAAUGUAGCAUCUUUACAGCAGAAAGGAGAAGCAGUUCAUCGCCAAAUUCAAAGUCAGCAGGAGGUUUUGAACAGGUCACUUUCCCAAUGGCAUGUUUAUCAGACAUGCAGACAACAACUGAUUGAGCAUAUGAAUGAGGUGGAGAAAAAGCUCACUGAAUUCUCAACUGCUAGAGUAGCCGUCAGUCAUGAAGCUGAAUUAAAACUGAAAAGCCAUAAGUCUCUCGUUUCUAUGGUGAAUGCUUUACAUGGAAAAAUCACAGCAUUAGAAGAGCAGGCAUCCAAAAUGGAACAGAUUGGAAAUGAUGCAAGCAAAGCAACCAUCAGCAGAUCCAUGACAACAGUGUGGCAGCGCUGGACACGUCUGCGCAAUGUAGCACGAGGACAGGAGAAGGUUCUAGAAGAUAUGGCCCAGGAAUGGAGAAGCUUCAAUGACAAGAUGGAGAAGGCAACAGUAACUAUGCAUCAGCUACAAGACAGGAUGCCAGACAGCUCUGUGGAAAAGAUCUCAAAAGCAGCAUUAUUGGAGUUAAUGGAUUACCAUGACUCUUUUAGCCAGGAGAUUGACCGUGAGCUCUCAGCCACAACUCUUCUUCGCCAACAUGCACUCAGCAUAUUGCAGGAUGUAGAAUUCUCCUCACCAUCGCAGGAGGAGCUGCCAAGUAUGCAGGAAAUCAAAGCCACGCAAGAACUAUAUGAGAGCAUUUUACAGAAGGUGAAGAAGAGCAGAAAGCAUGUUCAGCAAGAACUAAAAGAACGUGAAGAAGUAGAGAAGGGGUUAAACAAGGUGAAGGCAUGGAUUCAAGACACACGAGAAUAUUUGUUGAACUCCACAGUGGACAUUGAAGGACAGCUUCAAGAGCUUGAGGUCUUACAGCAGGAGGCCAUCUCUCAUCGUCAAACUGUGGAGAAAACCGCUGAACAGCAGCAGAACAAAUAUUUGGAUCUAUAUACAAUUCUUCCAUCUGAGCUAUCGGUUCAGCUAGCAGAGGUUACUCUGGCUUUGGGGGUCACAGAAGACCAGAUACAAGUGAAAGAAAGAGAAGUGCAACAAGCAAGAAUUGUGAAUGAGGAUAUAAAGUCAAGAAUUCAAGAUGUUUCUGAAAAAAUGAAGGCAAUUUCAUUGAAACUCAAGGAAAAAACUUUGAAUAUUGCCCAAGCUAAAGAAGAGACAAAGUGCCUUUGUGAGGAGCUUGAGGGCUGCAGUAUUAUACUACUUGAACUAGAUGCAUCAGUGCAAGACUUUUCAGAGCAAUGUCCUGAACUUGCCAGACAUCUUAAUGAUGCCAUAGAGAAACUCACCGAUAUUCAUCUGCAUACUCGCAGACUAGCAGAUUACAGGGUGGCAAAACUGAAAAAGUCUGCAACACAUUUGGAAGAGUUUAAUGAAAUGCUUGAAUUUAUUCUGAAAUGGACAGAGAAAGCCAAGGCUUUGGUUAAAAGCAAAAUCAACUGGCACUCAGCAAGUCAUAUCUAUGAUCAAAUGAGAACCUACCAGGCUGUUCUCCGAGAGUCUGGAGAGAUCCACAGUGACUUGGAGGCCAUGUCUGAGAAGGCUGAGUGUCUGUUAGAGGUGUAUAACACCGAAGAGAUGUCUCAGCAGGUAUCAGAACUCAGUCGGCACACUGGACACCUUCAACAGAGAAUCAGAACAAGACUCCAGAGCUUACAAGAUGGAGGGAAGGAUAUGGAGCGAUUUGAAGCUGAAGUACAUGCUCUCCACAAUGCUUUAGAGCAAGCUCAGACAACACUGACAUCGCCUGACCUGGCACGACUGAGUCUUAAGGAGCAGUUGUCUCAUCGACAGCGCUUACUCACUGAAAUGGAGACAUUUAAGCAGAAGGCUCAGGCAGUGCAGAAGUGUCAGAGUGCCUUGAGGAUCCCUGAAGAGGUUGUCACAAAUCUCCCUAUUUGUAAGACAGCUCUGAGACUGCAGGAUGAGGCAAGCCGCCUACAGCACACCACCAUUCAGCAAUGUAACAUACUACAGGAAGCUGUGGUGCAGUAUGAACAGUAUGAGCAGGAGGUAAAGCUUUUGCAGGGGUUGAUUGAAGAGGCACACCGCGUGAUACAAGACCGACCAGUGACAACGAGCAGCAUACAGGAACUCCAGGCACAGAUAUCACAUCAUGAGGAGCUAGCUCAGAAGAUCAAAGGUUACCAGAAGCAGAUCGACUCACUGAAUUCCAAAUGCAAGAUGCUGACGAUGAAAGCGAAACAUGCUGCCAUGCUUCUCACCGUGACAGAAGUGGAGGGGCUCUCAGAAGGCUAUGAUGAAUUAGACGCGGAACUCCUCCCCUCACAGUCCUUGGCUCACCCCUCAGUGGUAAUGAUGACCGCUGGUCGCUGCCACACUCUCCUCUCGCCUGUCACUGAGGAGUCUGGGGAGGAGGGUACCAACAGUGAGAUUUCCUCCCCGCCUGCCUGCCGUUCUCCCUCACCUGUGGCUAACACUGAUGCCUCUGUUAACCAGUUGCAGACAGCAGCUGCAAAGAGCCAACCUACUGUGACAUCUGGUCAGGAGAUCAGCGAGGCUGGACUGGAGUCAGCCGCUGUGGCCAAGCUGGAUGAUCUUCAGCGUUCAUGGGAAACAUUGAAAAAUGUGAUCAGUGAAAAGCAAAGGACCCUUUAUGAAGCUCUUGAGCGCCAGCAGAAGUACCAGGAUUCCCUUCAGUCAGUCUCUACAAAGAUGGAAUCUGUAGAAAUAAAGCUAAAUGAAACUCUAGAAGCUGACAAAACUCCAGAGAGUCAAAUGGCUGCACAUCGGGCCUUAAUGGAUGAGAUCUUAAUGCUUCAGGAUGAGAUCAAUGAUCUCCAAACAUGCUUCUCAGAGGAGAUGACCUGUGAUGCCCCUGACAUGGACACUGCUGACCAGCUGGCUAUGCAGUCCACCCUUACAGUACUGGCUGAACGAAUGUCUACAAUCCGAAUGAAAGCAUCAGGAAAAAGACAGCUUCUUGAGGAGAAAUUAUCUGAGCAGCUAGAGGAACAGCGCCAACAGCAGGCUUUACAGCGAUAUCAUAGUCAAGCAGAUGAGCUAGACCUUUGGCUGCAUAGCACAAAGGCUUCUUUAAAAAGUGCCUUGAAAACAUCUGAUGAACACAUGGACAUGGAGGAGCAGCUCAUUGAUUGUCAGAACAUGCUGAUGGAGAUUGAGCACAAGGUGGCCUCCCUGUCAGAGCUGUCGGUGCAUAGCGAGAACCUGCUGAUGGAGGGGAAGUUGCAUUCCAGGCAAGAGGCAGAGCAGCUUUCCCACAAGCUCCGCACCCUCAAGGGCAGCCUUUUGGAACUACAGAGGAUGCUGCAAGACAAGCAAAUCAACAUCCAAGGUCCACAGCUUGAAAAAGAAGAAAGUGAACGCAACUCGUCACUAUCUCAGAGCCCCAGUGUCCAGGAAUGGCUGGUUCAAGCAAGGACAUCAAGGUCUCAGAAACAUCAGGACAGUCUGAAAAGACAGAGGGAACUGGAGCAGCAGCUGGCACAACAGAAGGAGCUCCUGCAGUCAGUUGCAAGCCGAGGGGAACAGAUUCUGACUCAACAAAGUAACAAGAGUGACAAACCUAAGUCCUUAUCAGACGAAUUUGAUUUGGAGGAGGAAAAGCCUUCUGCACAGGAACAGAUGAGAAUGAGGUGGGAGAGUCUAAAUAGAGAAUUUGAUACCAAGCAGAAAUUUUUGGAAAACACUUUGGAACAAGACCAGAACCAACCGGUUUAUAGUCGACCUAGUUUGGUGUCUUCUUCCACACCAAUGUUCAAAGGAGAUGCUCCAGCACAAGACAAAUCAUCUGUAAAAUCUUUAUUCAGUCGUUUUACCCAGGCCUGUGAUGAUGUCCAAUUCCAGAUGGGAGGUGCUGAUAAACAAAGCCUUCACUUGGAGCAAAAGCUUUACAAAGCUGUAUCUGCUACAUCCAAUUGGUUGGAUGGUGUUGAAAACAGUAUUUUCACCGGACCAGUUCUCCUUGCUGAGGAUACAGAGACACAACUUUGUAAUCAAGAGGGAUUAGGCAAAGAUAUCAAAGAAGUAACAGAAGAUGUAGACAAGAAUAAGGAGCUCUUCCUUCAGGAGCUGGCACGGUGUGGAGAAAACCAGGAUGUGAUUGAAGAAACUUUGGGCCAUCUUCAAGUACGUCUUGGUGCCCUAGACUCAGCUGUGAGUCAGAAAUGUAAUGAUAUGAAAAUACGCCUCCAGCAGCUAACAGAGUUUCAAAUGGAGAUGAAACUGUUAUUCUCUGCACUGGCUGAUAGUAAAUAUCAGAUCCUUCAGAAACUAGCAGCUGCAAUGGAGAGACCAGCUACAAAUUUGAUGGAGGCAAUCUCACAUGCUGAAGAGAACAUGAAGGAGUUUGAGCAAAGAAUUAUUGAGCUUAAAGUACAAGGAGAGAAGCUACAAUUGGACCAGCCUUCCAUUCAGGAACUUUUAAAACUUCAGGAUACUUAUGAAGAGCUUGUCAUGACUGUUGGCUCUCGCAGAAGCGGACUAAACCAAAGCCUUGCUCUGAAAGACCAGUAUGCACAGGCCUUGCAAGACCUCUCUGACCUGGUGGAUACAGCUCAAGAAAAAAUUGCUUCCAGUCAAAAAAUUAUAGCCAACUCCAAAGUGGAUAUUGUGAAUCUCCUUGAAAAGCAUAAGGAUUUUUUUCAGGGUUUGGAAUCUCACAUGAUCUUGACAGAAACUUUCCACAGAAAAAUCAGUGGUUUUCUUCUACCAAGGGAAUCUCAUUCAUAUGAGGAAACAAUGGCUCAUGCCUCUGCAGUUUUAAAACAAGCCCAUAAGAAAGGCAUAGAGCUGGAAUACAUUCUUGAGACCUGGAUCCACGUUGAAGAUGAUUACCAAUCUUUGUUCAGACAACUGGAACUUGUAGAAAGUAAUGUCCCCAGUGUUGGCCUAGUGGAAGAGACAGAAGAAAGACUUUUGGAAAGGAUAACAAUUUAUCAGCAUUUGAAGAGCAGUUUGACUGAGCAUCAACAUCAGCUCUAUCAGGUUUUGGAUGAUGGGAAGAGGCUAAUGAUGUCUGUCUGUUGUUCGGAUUUGGAUAUUAUUUUGACUCAGCUGGGGGAACGCUGGCUUAAUAAUACAUCCAAAGUAAACAAGGAGCUCAACAGACUGGACACAAUAUUGAAACAUUGGCAAAGGUACCAACGAGAGUCUACAGAACUUGGACAAUGGCUACAAAAUGCACUUGAUCAGCUAGAGUAUUGGAACACACAGUCAGUAACUGUACCACAGGAGCUAGAAACUGUCCGAGACCAUCUCAGUACUUUCCUGGAGUUCUCAAAGAUAGUGGAUGCCAAAUCUUCUUUGAAGUCUUCAGUACUGAGUACUGGUAAUCAGUUGCUGCGUUUGAAAAAGGUGGACACAGCAGGACUGCGGGCUGAACUUUCUCAGAUUGAAUCUCGCUGGGCUGAACUUCUUACAAGCAUUCCUGCAGUGCAAGAGAAACUACACCAGCUCCAGAUGGAGAAACUUCCUUCUCGUCAUGCCAUUACUGAGUUGAUGAGCUGGAUUUCACUCAUGGAGAAUGUCAUAAAAGAAGAUGAAGAAAAAAUCAAAGGUGUAGUUGGAUCUGAAGCUAUAAAAGGAUACCUUCAGAAAUACAAGGGUUUCAAGAUUGAUAUUAACUGCAAACAGCUUACAGUGGAUUUUGUUAAUCAAUCUGUCCUUCAAAUCAGUGGUCAAGAUGUGGAAAGUAAGCGCAGUGACAAAACUGAUUUUGCAGAACGGCUUGGAGCGAUGAAUAGGCAAUGGCAGAUAUUACAAGGUCUAAUUACAGAAAAGAUCCAAAUGUUGGAAAGUCUGCUUGAUUCCUGGCUAGAAUAUGAGAGCAAUGUUCAGAGUUUACAGACUUGGUUUGGUGUGCAAGAAGACAGACUUAAGAAGCAUUACAGGAUCGAAGACCUGGCAUCAGUUCAGAAUACAUUGAAGGACUGCCAGGAACUUGAGGAGAUGAUUAGAGUAAAGGAGCGAGAUGUGGAGAAAGUGGAAGAGAGAGGCUACACACUGAUACAAAACAAGAAAGAAGGUGCCUGUAGUGUUGUAAUGGAAACAUUGCAAGGUGUCAAUCAUAGCUGGGCUAACCUGGACCACUUGAUUGGGCAGCUAAAGAUAAGUUUAAAAUCAGUCUUGGACCAAUGGAACAUUUAUAAAAAGACACUUGAAGAAAUCAAUGGUUACUUAAUGGAAGGAAGGUACUCCUUGUCUCGAUUCCGCCUGCUGACUGGUUCUUUGGAAGCUGUCCAGAUUCAAGUGGGCAACUUACAGAAUCUACUGGAUGAUCUUGAAAAAAAGGAAAACAUCAAAAGGAAGUUUGGGUCUGUGACUCAUCAGCUGCUCAAAGAGUGUCACAUAUCUGUUGCCGACUCCUUAAACAAUGCACUCAAGGAUGUUGAAAUGAGGUGGACAUGCCUGCUUGUGGACAUUUCAGAGCAGCUUCAUACAAGCAAAGCCUUACUUAAACUGUGGCAAAGAUACAAGGAAUAUUAUAACCAAAGCUCUUCAUCAGUCCUACAGCAGGAAGAACUUGCUAAUGAGCUGUUGAAAAAAGCCACUGGCAAAGACAUUUCUGAUGAAGAGAUUUCCAGUUGGAUCCAGGAUUGUAAUGAUUACCUGAGAUCCCAGAAUGCAGUGCAGGAAUCCCUUGGUGUUCUCCAUGAACUUGGCGAACAGCUGAAACAGCAGGUUGACUCAUCUGCUGUUGCUGCCAUUCAGUCUGAUCCACUCUCCUUAACACAGCGCUUAACAGUACUGGAGCAUGCUCUGGUCAGGCAGAAGGGAAUUCUGCAGGCUGGUGUUCAGGACUAUGAGACAUUUAACAAGCAGCUGCAAGAACUUGAGAACUGGAUAACAGAGGCUCAAGAUAUUCUGAAAAACCAGGAUCCCAACUGUUCAUCUGAUCUGUCGAUUAUAGAGGACAGAAUGGAGGAACUCAAGAGGCAAAUGCUGAAGUUUAGCAGCAUGGCACCAGAUUUGGAACGCUUGAAUGAGCUCGGCUACAGGUUGCCACUGAACGACAAGGAGAUUAAAAGAAUGCAGACCUUAAACAGGAGCUGGUCAGUGACCUCCGCACAAACCACUGAACGAUUUAGUAAAUUGCAGGCUUUUCUGUUGCAACACCAAACAUUCCUGGAGAAAUGUGAGGCUUGGAUGCAGUUCCUUAUGCAGACAGAAGAGAAACUGGCUGUGGAAAUAUCCGGAAACUUUCAAAGUCUUCUAGAGCAGCAGCGUGCACAUGAGUUGUUUCAAGCUGAGAUGUUCAGUCGGCAGCAGAUUCUUCAUUCUAUCAUCAGUGAUGGACACCGCCUUCUAGAGCAAGGGCAAGUAGAUGACAGAGAUGAAUUUAACCUGAAAUUGGCUCUGCUGAGUAACCAGUGGCAAGGAGUAAUUCGCAGAGCUCAGCAGAGGAGGGGAAUCAUUGACAGCUUAAUUCGGCAAUGGCAGCGAUAUAGAGAGAUGGCAGAAAAACUCCGGAAGUGGCUGCUUGAAGUGUCACACCAGAGUGAGAACAAACAAGAUGGUACACCAGUGCCUCUGCAGCAGGCCAGAGCGAUGCUUGAUGAAAUUCAGCUGAAAGAAAGAGUUUUACAGCGUCACCAGGGAAGCUACAUCUUGACUGUGGAGGCAGGAAGACAACUCUUGUUGUCAGCAGACACAGAAGCAGAGAUGACUCUCCAAGCAGAACUAACUGAUAUGCAAGAACGCUGGAAGUGUGCAAACAUCCGCCUUGAUGAGCGCAAGAGGGAGCUGUCAGCUUUGCUAAAGAACUGGGAUCGCUGUGAGAAGGGGAUUAGUGAUUCACUGGAGAAAUUACGAGCCUUCAAGAAAAAGCUUUCCCAGCCCUUGCCUGACCAUCAUGAUGAACUGCAUGCUGAGCAGAUCCGCUGCAAGGAAUUAGAGAACACAUUUGAUGGUUGGACAGAUGACCUGGCUCAUCUCUCUGUACUGAAGGAGUCUCUGUCAAGCUAUAUUAGUGCUGAUGACCUGACAGUGCUCCAGGAGCGCAUUGAGCUUUUGCAGAAGCAAUGGGAAGAGCUCAGCCAUCAGCUUUCCUUGCGGUGGCAGCAGGUGAAUGAGAAGCUGAAUGAAUGGGCCGUAUUCAAUGAAAAGAACAAAGAACUCUGCGAGUGGCUUACACAAAUGGAAAGCAAGGUUUCUCAAAAUGGUGACAUUAGUAUUGAAGAAAUGAUUGAAAAACUUAGAAAGGACUACCAGGAAGAAAUAACAAUGUCUCAAGAAAAUAAGAUACAGCUUGAGGAAAUGGGAGAAAGGCUUGCAAAGGUCAGCCAUGAGAAUAAAGCUUCAGAAAUAGAUUAUAAACUGGGCAAGGUCAGAGACCGCUGGCAACACCUUUUAGACCUCAUUGGAGCCAGGGUAAAGAAGCUCAGAGAAACACUUGUGGCUGUACAGCAAUUAGAUAAGAAUAUGGGCAGCCUAAGAUCAUGGCUUGCUCACAUCGAAACAGAACUUUCUAAGCCAAUUGUCUAUAACACAUGCGAUCUCAGUGAAAUAGAGAAGAAGCUCAAUGAGCAACAGGAACUCCAAAGAGACAUAGAGAAGCACAGCACAGGGGUAGCCUCAGUUCUUAACCUUUGUGAGGUCCUUCUGCAUGAUUGUGAUGCUUGUGCUACUGAAACUGAAUGUGACUCCAUCCAGCAAGCCACUCGUAGUCUGGACAGAAGGUGGAGAAACAUCUGCGCCAUGUCCAUGGAGCGGAGACUCAAGAUUGAAGAGACCUGGAGGUUAUGGCAAAAGUUUCUUGAUGACUUUUCUCGUUUUGAAGACUGGCUUAAAAUGUCAGAGAAGACUGCAGCCAUCCCCAACUCUUCUGGAGUAAUUUAUACUGUAGCCAAAGAAGAGAUGAAGAAGUUUGAGGCAUUUCAACGACAGGUUCAUGAGAGCUUGACACAGCUAGAGCUUAUCAACAAGCAGUAUCGCCGCCUGGCUCGAGAAAAUCGCACAGACUCUUCUUGCAAGCUCAAGAAGAUGGUGCAUGAUGGCAAUCAAAGAUGGGACAAUCUUCAGAAAAGAGUAGCCUCUAUUUUGCGAAGACUAAAGCACUUUAUAAGCCAAAGGGAAGAGUUUGAGACAGCCAGAGACAGCAUACUGGUGUGGCUCACAGAAAUGGACCUUCAGUUAACAAAUAUUGAGCAUUUCUCAGAAUGUGAUGUCCAAGCCAAAAUAAAACAGCUCAGGGCAUUCCAAGAGGAGAUUGCACUAAACAGAGGUAAAAUAGACCAUAUAUUCCAACAAGGUGAGCUGCUGAUUGAGAAAAAUGAGCCUUUGGAUGCUGCUGUCAUUGAGGAAGAGUUGGAGGAAGUACAGCGAUACUGUGAUGAGGUGUUUGGGCGCGUAGAACGCUACUACAAGAAGCUUAUGCGACUUCCGCUGACAGACGACGAACAUGAUGUCUCAGAUCGAGAACUGGACCUGGAUGAGGCCACAGAAUUGUCCAGCCUGCACUGGAAUGACAAGCCCACAGAUAAUAUCCUUUCUCCACAAGCAGGUUCCAGUCGUUCAACCUCUAUGGCCCCUCCAACUCGUACAGAACGUUCAGGUAGAGACACCCCAGCUAGUGUUGACUCAAUCCCACUUGAAUGGGACCACGAUUAUGACUUGAGUCGUACUCUGGAACCUCUGAGCCCACUACAAGCAGCAGGUAUUUCAGAAGAUGGCCAAGAUAAGGGUGAAAAAGAGCUCUUCCUCCAUGGUGCUUCUAGUCUGUCAGAUGUAGUGAUCCCUGAAAACCCAGAGGCAUAUGUUAAACUGACAGAAAAUACAUUGCGAUCAAUCUCUGGUGCCUGUGGCUCUUUGGAAACUCAUAUCAGACAGCUGGAUAAAGCCUUGGAUGCAAGUCGUUUCCACCUGCAGCAGACUGAAAACAUCAUCCGAAGCCGCACACCAACAGGGCCGGAACUUGACACCACAUAUAAAGGAUAUAUGAAGCUGCUGUCUGAAUGCAGAGAGAGCAUUGACACAGUCAAAAAGGUUGGGUGUAAUCUAAAGGAAGAUGAAGACCAUUUUUCAGGAUUUAUCAACCUGAACGGCACAGAGACACAGACCUCAGGUGUGAUAGAGCGCUGGGAGUUGAUCCAGGCACAGGCUCUUAACAAAGAGCUCCGAAUGAAGCAGAAUCUUCAGCAUUGGCAACAGUUCAACUCUGACCUGAACAACAUCUGGGAUUGGCUGGUCCAGACUGAGGAGGAGCUUGAGCAGCUGCGAGGCCUGCAUCUCAGCACUGACAUUGGCACCAUUGAGCAGCAUAUCAAGAAGCUGAAGGAACUACAAAAGGCUGUUGACAAUCGAAAAGCCAUCAUCCUCUCAAUCAACUUGUGCAGCUCUGAAUUUGUGCAGUCGAACACUGAGGAGGCUCAAGAGCUGCAGACCCGAUUGGGACAAAUGAAUAAGAAAUGGGACCGUGUGGGAGUGUUGAUUGAGGAGUGGCGUGUCUCACUGCAGGAUGCCCUUAUGCAAUGCCAAGAUUUUCAUGAAAUGAGUCAUGGACUGCUGCUAUGGUUAGAAAAUAUUGACCGGCGAAGAAAUGAAAUUGUUCCCAUUCAGCCAAAUCUAGACUCAGAUACCCUUCAUGACCACCACAAAAUUCUCAUGCAAAUCAGACAGGAGUUACUUGAAUCUCAGAUGAAGGUGGUCUCGCUACAAAGCAUGUCCAGUCAGUUGCUGGUUAAUGCUGUGGGAGCAGAUUGCUUGGAAGCCAAUGAAAAGGUACAUGUCAUUGGGAACCGACUCAAGCUUCUUCUGAAGGAAGUCACACAAGACCUGAGAGACCUGGAAAAGGUGUUAGACAUCAGAAGCAGCCAAUUGGAUCUAUCUUCUUGGUCAUCAACUGAUGAACUGGACACUUCUGGUUCCCUGAGCCCCGCAUCUGGCAGGACCACUCCAAGUCGACGUCGAUCGCCACGGGGCAAAUGUAGUCUCUCACAGCCUGGAUCCUCUGUCAGCAGUCCACACAGCAGGCCUCACAGAAGCGAUGGAUCCGGUUCUUCCCAUUCUGAGACUCAGCACUCCCAGUCCUUCUUCCUUCGUGUGCUACGAGCUGCGCUGCCUCUUCAGCUGCUGCUACUCCUACUUAUUGGGUUAGCCUGUCUUGUGCCCAUGACGGAAGAAGACUACAGCUGUGCACUGUCCAACAACUUCGCAAGAUCUUUUCACCCCAUGCUGCGAUACACUAAUGGACCCCCACCGAUAUGAGGCACAAAUUCAAUUUAGUGCAUUCUCAUUUAUUCAUCCCAUCCAGGAACGUGCAGGGAAACAGAAAAAGACUGACAGACUGUUUUUACUCUUCCAAGAUCUGUGUAAAAUCAUUCGCCAAAAACAAAAAACAAACCAAUUAUGACAUAAAGUAAUAAUUUCCACUAAUUGGUAGUGGAUUACUACUGCAAGAAAAUGAUGUUCUUCUUACAUAAGUGCUUGUUCUCCCUGAUCAGAAAAUCGUCAGGACGCUGGGAAUCACUGAUGCCGGCUGAGUUCAGGUCAGCCAGUCCGCAAUGAGUACAGUAUUGUAGCAUCGAUACUUGCGAUUGAAACAAGCCUUUUUUCUUUGUUAAGAACAUUUGAAUGAUGUGUAAUAUAACAUUCUAAAUUGCUUAUAUGGCAAUUAUUUUUUUACUUUUAUUUUUUUGGCAUGCUCUAAUAAUCCUUGCUUUUGAAACCAAUCACUGCAGAGCACACACAGUGUAAAGGUGAACGGUACUUUUAUAUUCAAACAGCUAACUGGAUGUAAUUAAUUAGAUCCCUUAUUGUGAAAAUGAAAGAGAUUAUUGGGUGUAAAGCAAAUAAUGAAGAAAAUAUUUAUGUAUGUACAGUUUGCUAAGGCUAAUUUUUUAAAAUGUUUAUUUGCAUUUAAUACAUAUACAGUAUAAAA